AUGCCAGAGCAUGGAGUGACCGUACAGUUAAUUCCAAAAACACGGGAUUCACUUAUGUCCGUACAAUUUUCAGCUAGGUGCUCUAACUUAGUGAACAUUAGCAAUCAAAUAGUGGAACUUCAAAGCAUCACAAGCAAAGAGGUCAACCCAGUAGAAGCUAGGGCAGACAAAACAGAAGCAUCACAUCUGCACAUGACUGAAAAACAGAAGCAGACAGAGCAUGAAAAUGCUACAGCCGAGUAUCGACCCGCACCACCAUACCCAAAGCGGCUGAAAAAGAAAGAGCAGGAUGUGCAAUUUAGAAAGUUCCUGAAUGUGCUAAAGAAGUUGCAUGUGAACAUACCUUUGGUAGAAGCUUUAGAGCAAAUGCCAAAUUAUGUGAGAUUUUUGAAAGAGAUACUCAAAAAGAAGAGAAAGCUAGGAGAAUAUGAAACUGUAGCAAUGAGUAAGGCCUGCAGCACUAUCCUCACAAGCAAAAUUUUAGCAAAGAUGAAGGACCCUGGGAACUUCACCAUACCUGUUUCCAUUGGAGGAUAG